AUGAAGAUCGAUGCGAAAGAGAAGGAAUCACGAGAAAGGUUAAAAAGUAGUGAAAUUGGUAAAUUUCAACGUUUCUGCAUGCGCGCUACGAAAGAGAAACCAGAAAUCAAGAGGUCUCCCCAGCAACAGAAUUCAAUAAGUCCAGCAGCAGCCGCCAGAGGUAACAGCAUCGCUAACGUGGCCAAGAAUUUCGAACCAAUAGUAGCACUUGGCAACGAACGGCGGGAUGAGUCAAAAACACGCAGAGGGAGAGCUGAUGUCCGUGUGCGCAUGUUUGCCGCGAAUCAUACUUCGAAUCCUUGCGUAGUGAAGAUUGAUAUAUCUGAUGGUACAGUCGUUAUUUGUCACAUGAUUUUGGACAUUUUAUAUGCGAUGUCAUGUCAAAAUAACAGUGACAAAAGAGGUAGUUCCAGCGGUAUUUGUCAAGAGAUUGUCGCCGAGAAAUAUACGGAGAUGGAUGAAACAGAAAACAUAAACAUCAGCGAGACACCUCACAGACCGAUAAACAGGAGUAAUCGCAGUUCUCAUGAUAGUGUCGAUAGUGGUUACUUGACUCUUACACCUCAUUCUGGUGCGUAUACACCAAUAAUUUCAGGAUAUAAGUCUAGAGUAUCAUGUAUUUCGUCAAAGAGGCAUCACAGAAUUCGAUUGGAUCCUCUACAGUCGGAACGGGCUCAGAGGCACCGAUCGAAAUUAAAUCAUUUACCAAAUGCGUCUGAAUCCGAUUAUUUAGUUUCCGAAAAUUCUGAAAGGGAAAGUUUGAUUCAAGAUCCAUCGAAUUUGAGCGAUGAUCACUCGAAUCUUACCCUGGAUAGCUCCAGCCUGGAGUUAACGAAUCAAAGUACGGAAUGUGGUGAAUUUAACGGCAAUGUUCGGGAUAGAACCCGUCGGAACUGCAAAACGACAGUUCCUAUAACACCAGCUUCGACGAGGUUGCAACUUCUUUCGCCGCCACCGUCACCGGCAGUGCCAUCAUCUUCCUUCAUAGCCUCCGAACCCAUUGAAGAAGAUGUGGAAAUGAAGCUAGUCAUCGUGCCUCAGAGCACACCCCAUCAGGUAACCACUACUUCACCUAGACGGAAAACGCCACCACCACCACCUCCGCGUAUCGUUGUUAUCUCGCCGACCUGUAGAAAAGCUAGUCCCGCGAUUAGUUCAGCAGACAAUCAGAAAUUAAGCAAGCUCUCUAUCACGGAUCUUGCUGCCAUCACAGAGAUCAAGCCAAAGAGGUUGGACUUCAGUCAUCGUGCCUUAUCUGUUGCUUUACACCAUACUAGAGCUACUCCAGAUCACACAGGUAGAGAAACAGUGGAUAUAUUAGCACUUCUCGGAGACAAAAGCAAUCAUUGGAGGAUAGUUUCCAAGAUAUUGUCAUUCCUUGGGUCACAGGACCUUUGCUCAAUCAGUAUGGUGUCUAAAACGUGGAGGAGAAUCUGUAUCAGUGACUCUAGGGCCAAUACGAGAAGACUGACCCACGUAAUACUCAGACAGAACGCUAAAGAGAAUUUAAAGUUAAUCAAAAAGUCAAAGAUGGAAGGAGACAAUCAAGGCAGUCCUAAAAGCAGAUACGCGAGAAAAGGGUACUUAUUGGAAGUACAGAAUCUUCUUCAAGUACAAGGAAAUCAACGACCACCUAGCAGUCCACCUGUUUCUCCCAGUAAAGUAAAAUUCCACUCUUUCGUCAAGGCUAGUCGUACACUCGCACCCUGGGAACAUUUGUUACCGUGUCCGAAGUGUUCAUUUCCUUGCCACGUGGACGGUGUGAAGAACGUGGGAACGUGUUCGAGACAAGGUUGCUCGAUGGAAUUUUGCACCUCCUGUUCAUCGAGGCCACACACUGGUCCUUGUAAAACACCCCUGUUAGCCACGCCAACCAAGAGGAAUAAACGUCUGGUCAUUGGCUCAAGGCAAAGCAAACGGAAUCUCAGGAGAUUAUGAGCAUUUCCUUGGAGAACGUUCGUCGGGAAUGUUUUCUCAGAUAGA